CGCGAACUUGCGCUUUGGUACUCAAUUCCAACCUUGUCCACCAACCGUUACUAUUUCUAAAUGAUAUGCGUUAAAUGAGCGUCCGAUAUAGAUGCAGAAGGUGUUGCCAGUCCUGUGGCCGAAGGAUCUCAGUUGCGAAGUAGGGGGCUAUUGUAUAGGCUGGACUCGACCUGUUAUUUGUGUUGCAGGAGUUCUGUAUGUGGAUUCGCGAAAUGAUGCCGAAAGUAUUCUGAGCUCUGUUCAACUUUCCGACGAGUCAGCGCAGCUAUCUUGUGGAUCCUCUCCUAGGGUCAUUGGACGCUUCACAGGUCUGGAUGUAAAGCGGAGGCUUGUGAUAGAACUCCAUGACUCUGAAGCGACUACUCUUCAAGUCAUAUUCUAUCAACGACCAAACCUCCGUUAUAUGGAGAUCUAUGCUUUGGAUUUCCAUAUAUAUGACUUCGCAACGCCUAAAUCGAGAGCAAGGUACCCAACAAAAUCACCACUGGCAUUCAUCAUGCAUGAUUUUACAAGCCCAACUGUUACACCUUCGUCUCUGGGUCCCGAGGUGCUCAACCAAAUGAACCUUGGUGCUUUCUUGGAUCAGUCCCUCCGCAGACGGGUUCAUUUGACACCCCAUAGGAAUGUAUGGCUUUAUUUUGCCUCAUUACAGAGAUCGAGUCACCGGAUCGUGGCGAAAGUGUUUCAGACAACUUUGCUGUUCACUAAUUGGGGAGAUGGGAACCUGGUCAAUGGAACAAUUGCUCAUAAUGCUGUAGCUCAACAAGUAGAUGUUCGUGUGGAACAAAUUGUGUCUAUUCCUAGCCAAUCCCGUCGUAUCUACAAUGCGGCCGGGCCUCCUACGAGCCACUCCAUCUCUCGUUACGUUAAUUUUUGGAAUGAGAUAUGGCUCAUCCUAAACGACAUCAUCAUCGGGUCCGCCUUAGGCUCGUUCCUGUGCGAGAACUCUGAGACAUUAUCAAGCCUUCUACACAGCAAACUUGAGUAUUCCCUUAUUGACCUGCCACAGCAUGCUUUGAUCUGGUUGAAUAAUUGGCCAGCGGGUCUCAAGUUAAAUACCGAACUUAGUCGCUUUUACUGCCACAGCCUUCUUGGCAUCGUUGCAGUGUGGGGCGAGGUGCUGCGGUGGAUAAUAUUCCCUCAUCUUCCCAGCAUUAUUUAUGCCAUUGGGUUACUAGGAUCGCUCGGUUUGACUAUGUCAGUCUCUGCGCUCAGCGACCUUCUUGGAAUAGUGACCCUGCACCUUCAUAUCUGCUAUAUCAUGUCCGCUGCAGUGUUCAGCCAACAGCUUACCAUCUCGGGUUCACUAUGGAACCUAUUCCGAGGGAAGCGAUAUAAUGUUCUGCGCAAAAGGAAGGACUCUUGGGACUAUGACGUUGAUCAACUCGUUCUUGGCACAAUCCUAUUCACUCUUGUGGCUUUCCUAUCCCCAACCAUCAUAACAUACUACGCAUUAUUUGCUUUGGCGCGUCUUAUCAUUGUCCUUUUCCAUGCUGGCUUGGAUACUAUUCUCGUUCUUAUGAACCAUUUCCCCCUGUUCGCUUUGUUACUCCGGAUUAAGAGUCCUCUUCGCAUGCCGGGCGGGUUCACGUUCAGAUUAGCAGAGCAUGGGUCGGUACCGCUCAUCCAGAUUCAGUCUAUCCCGUUCUCCCGAAUAUUCGACCACUAUGUUUACCUAGGCUCUCGGCUCGCUGCCCAUUACCACCCUUUGCGGCUGAUACGUGUUCUUUUGGGAGGCGGUCGAAUGUCAAGUAUUCCAAGAUCGUAUAUUCGCUUGCGCUCAGUGCAGAAUCGUGGUGAUGCUGGGGCAUACAGAGAAAAGCCCUAGCCUGAAUGUGCACACGCAGUGAGUAUAUUAGAUACUAUAUUCAUAAGGUCGCAUCCAUGUUCCCUCGAGGCCUUCAAUGUCAUUCUCCUUCCAAAGACACUAGUUGGUCUGCGCCUUCCCUGGACGACGUGCAGAUGGUAAGAAUUUCGGCCCCUUACCAAGUGCUCUUCGUUGCUUUUAUUGCGUUCCAGGCUCGCCCUGAAAUUGAAUGACUCCAUUCAGCCUGACAUCUUUGGACUGAAAAGUGUGCAUGCAUAAUCAAGUUUCUAAGUCUACUUCGGGUGCAUGACUUUCACUUUACGACGGAUCCCCAUCAACCUCACUACACUAGUAUGUAGACCGUGGAACUCGCUGUCUGCUGAAUCUGAUUCAGAAGCCUCAUCGCCAGAGUCCGGAUCAUAAGAGGCAUCAGAGGCAUUCGACUUGAUUGCCACAUCAGCAGGGACCUCAGGUUCGGAGUCUGCCUCUGCUUCUCCUUCGUCUUCAAUUUCAUAGUCGUUUCGCACAACGGUGCCUAUUGCGGGGACACUCUCGUAUUCCGCAUCUUCAUCACUUUCUUCAUCACUUUCAUCACCCGCCGGUCGGGUGGCCCAUACGCCAAGGCUCUCUAAAUAGGUCUCCCAUCGCCGUCCUGCGCCAGAGAUGGUCAAUUGGAAGAGGGUUGUUUCCUCCAUGAAGUCUACAAUGAAGAUAGCUCCAUCUU